AUGACGAGUCCUUUCGAUAACGACGCGCUUCCUCGAAACGCGGCGAAUUACGCUCCGUUGACUCCGUUGACUUUCAUCCGCCGCGCCGCCGACGUGCACGGCGACCGAUGCGCCGUGGUGUACGGCGACCACUCGUGGACGUGGCGCCAGACGUACCGUCGCUGCUGCAAACUCGCGUCCGCGCUGCGCCGCCGCGGCAUCGGGAAGAACGACACGGUCCGUCCAUCUGUAGCAGUGCUAGCGCCCAACCUACCUGCUCUUUAUGAAGCGCAUUUCGGAGAGCCCAUAGCGGGCGCUGCUCUCAACGCCAUCAACACGCGCCUGGACGCCCACACCGUUUCAGUGCUGGCACGUAACGUUCCUGCUCUUUAUGGGGCGCAUUUUGGUGUGCGUAUGGUGGGUGAUGUUCUCAACGCUCAUCUGGACGCUCUGCUGGCGCCCAAUGUGCCAGCUCUUUAUGAGGCACACUUCGGAGUGCCCAUGGCGGGCGCUGUGCUGAACGCCAUCAACACGCGCCUGGAUGCGCGUGCCGUCGUCCUCAUCCUCAUCCCCUCUCCCUGCCCGCUCUGUCCCCCUUCCACCACUCUAUACCCCAACCCCCAGGUGUCAGUGCUGGCGCCCAAUGUACCAGCGCUCUAUGAGGCACACUUUGGAGUGCCCAUGGCGGGGGCCGUGCUGAACGCCAUCAACACGCGCCUGGACGCGCGCACAGUCGCCCUCAUCCUCGCCCACGGCUCUGCCCGCCUUGUCAUGGCGCACCGCUCCCUGGCACCGCUGCUCACUGAUGCCCUGCUGCUGCUGCCGGGUCUAUUGAGGGAGAAGGGACGUGUGUCAGGCAUGCCGCAGGUUGUCAUUAUCGAAGAUGACGAAGAGCCAUCCGAUCAGAGCGAUCCAGGUGGCAGCGCUGCUGACGUGGCAGCCCUGGCAGCAUCACUGAACAGAGGAGGACGGGGAGAGGGUGGGAGGGGGGGAAGGGGAAGGGGAGGGGAGAGGGGGGGAGUGGUGACGUAUGAGGAGCUGGUAGGGGAAGGGGAUGAGCAGUACGAGUGGGAGUGGGAGGGUGGAGAGGAGGGCGUGCAGGGCGAGGGCAGGAGAAGGGUCGUGGUGGAGGAUGAGUGGGAUGCCAUUGCUCUCAAUUAUACUUCCGGCACCACCGCCCAACCCAAGGGUGUGGUAUGCUCGCACAGAGGUGCGUACCUAUCAGCCCUAGCGAACGUGCUAGCGUGGGGACUCCAUGCGCUGCCAGGAGGGCAGCGCCCCGUGUACCUGUGGACGCUGCCUCUCUUCCACUGCAACGGCUGGACCUACCCCUGGGUGCUCGCCGCUGUGGCUGGCACGAAUGUUUGUUGCAGGGAGGUAUGUGGAGGGGCAGAGAGAGGUGUAUGGGGGGGUGUGUUGCAAGCAGGGAGGUAUGUGGAGGGGCAGAGAGAGGUGUAUGGGGGGGUGUGUUGCAAGCAGGUGUGGCCUCUCUUCCACUGCAAUGGCUGGACCUACCCCUGGGUGCUCGCCACUGUUGUUGGCACCAACGUGUGCUGGAGGGAGGUGUGUGGCGAGGUCGGGUAUGGUAUGGUGGGGUGUGCCGCGGUGGGCUGUGGCAUGGUGGGUCGCGGCACGGUCGGGCAUGGCACGAUCGGGCGUGGCACGGUCGGGCGUGGCACGGUCGGGCGUGGCACAGUCGGGCGUGGCAUGGUCGGGCGUGGCACGGUCGGGCGUGGCACGGUUGGGCGUGGCACGGUCGGGUGUGGCAUGGAGGGGUGUGCCGUGGUGAGGUGUGGCGUGGAGGGGUGUUGUGUGGAGGGCUGUGGAGUGGAGGGGUGUGGCGUAGAGGGGUGUGGCUUGGUGGGGUGUGGCUUGGUGACAGCAGCCAGCAUAUUCUCACUCAUCCCUCGCCACCGAGUGACACACAUGUGCGCCUCUCCUGUCGUCCUCCCCUUCCUCAUCCACGCACCCUCCUCUCUCACCCAACCCCCUCCCCACCUACCUCGCAGUCAGCAUCUUCUCUCUCGGUCCCUGGCACCGCGUCACCCACAUGUGUGCCGCGCCCGUGGUGCUCUCCUUUCUCAUCCACGCCCCCGACUCCCCCACCCACCCCCCUCACCCCCACUCCAUCAGGUCACAGCAGCCAGCAUAUUCUCUCAUAUCCCCCAGCACCAAGUGGCAGCGACCAGCAUCUUCUCUUUAAUUCCGCGCCACCGCGUCACCCACAUGUGCGCCGCGCCCGUGGUGCUCUCCUUCCUCAUCCACGCCCCCGACUCCCUACAACCAUGCGUCCCCUCCCCUCCCCACCAGGUCACAGCGGCCAGCAUAUUCUCUCUCAUCCCGCGCCACCGAGUCACCCACAUGUGUGCAGCCCCCGUGGUACUCUCCUUCCUCAUCCACGCGCCUGACUCCCUCCGCCUGCCCUUCCUCGCCGCCCAGCGCGCCCAGGGGCGUGGAGGGGGUGACUAUAGCGAGGGCAGAUGGGAGGGCAAUAGCGAGGGUAGCAGGGAAGGCAGAAGGGGUGGCUAUAGUGAGGGGAAUAGGGAGGGCAGCAGCGGGGGGGGGCAGGAGGCGAGGCGGGUACAUGUGAUGACAGCGGGGGCAGCGCCGCCACCAGCAGUGCUGGCGGGGAUAGAGGCGAUGGGGUUUGACGUGCUGCAUGCUUACGGGCUCACGGAGACGUAUGGGCCGGCUGUGGUGUGCGAGUGGCAGCAAGAGCGGUGGAGAGGGGCGGAUGAGAGCGAACGAGCGAGGCUGAAGGCUAGACAGGUGGGUAAGAGGGGUGGAGGUGCAUUGGAGGUGGAUAGAGGCGAUGGGGGGAUAGAGGCGAUGGGGUUUGAGGUGAUGCAUGCAUACGGGCUGAUGGAGACGUAUGGGCCAGCUGUGGUAUGCGAGUGGCAGCAAGAGCGGUGGCGAGGGGCGGAUGAGAGCGAGCAAUCGAGGCUCAAGGCGAGACAGCAACAGCCCUUCUCUUUUACCACCUCUCCUCCCGCCCCGGCUCCUUUUACCACCUCUCCUCUCAACCCCUCUCCUUCCACCACCUCUCCUCUCAACCCGUGCCCUUUUACCACCUCUCCUCCCCAACCCCUCUCUUUGUUGUCUCUCCUCCUACAUCCCUCUCCUUUUACCACCUCCCCUUCCCAACCCCUCCUUUUACCACCACUCCUCGCACCACCCUCUCUCCCCCCAUCUCCUCCCCACCGACAGGGCGUGCGGUGCAUGGCCCUGGAAGGACUAGCAGUCAUGGACCCAGUCACAAUGCGCCACGUGGCAGCAGACGGGCGCAGCAUGGGGGAGGUGAUGCUGCGGGGGAACAUGGUGAUGAAGGGGUAUGCCGCCGACCGGGGGGCUACUGAAGCGGCUUUUCGAGGCGGGUGGUUCCACUCGGGGGACCUGGCUGUCAUGCACCCCGAUGGGUACAUUGAAGUCAAGGAUCGCUCAAAGGACAUCAUCAUAUCGGGUGGUGAGAAUGUGAGCAGCAUAGCAGUGGAGGCAGUGCUAUACCGCCACCCAUCCGUGCUGGAGGCUGCAGUGGUGGCCCGCCCUGAUACCAUGUGGGGGGAGUCUGUGUGCGCCUUUGUGUGCCGCAAGCCAGGGCAGCAGCACGCGCGUGUGGAAGCCAUGCCUUCCGCUCUUCGCUCAUCCGCGCGUCACCUGCGCUCCGCCUUCACCACCACCGCUGCCGCAUUCACCGCCCGCCCCGCACUCCCCCGCAUGCCGUGCAUCGCCGCCUCUCUCGAGUCCGCCGUGUCGAUGCGGCGCGUCCCUCAACCCCCAGCACGGCCGUCCGCCGUUGCACCUUCUUUUCACGCAUCGCCGCCACUGCAAGCACCACCAGUAGCAUCAGACCUCCUCGCUCGCUUCCAACUCGUGUCAUGCGCGCCGCGCUUUUCGAUCUCGGCGCAAGAGGCACUGACUCGCACCCUCGUCGCCCUACCCCGUGCGCUCGCCGUCGGUCGCGCUCCCUCCCCCGCUUCCGCCGCGCCAACGCUUCGCGCUGCGCACACCGCAGUGGUUGCAGCGCGGGCGGCGGGUGUGGGGCAGGCGAGGGGCGUGUUCGUGGAGGCUCAAGAUCAAGCUACGCACGGAAAACGCCAUAAGGGUGGCGCGGGCAAUGCCGCGGAGAUAACUCCAAUGCCCUUGCUGCUCCCUCUUCUCCCUUCCCAGCCCUUCCCUUCCCCCGCUUACAGGUUCAAGAUAAAUUUACGAACGGACAAUGCUAUCCACGUGGCUCGGGCGAGGUCGCACUACUGGAAGGGCGCGGAGCUGAAGCGGCUGCGCGCCGAGGAGGCGGAGAUCAGGUGGCAGCAGCGGGAAUUUCGGCAGAAGCUCGACUGGACCAUGGCCAAACACGCCAGGUGGGUGGGAUGGGAUGAAGGAAGGAUGGUCAAGCGCUUCAGGUAUGGUGGGGCGAGCAUGGGGGCCAAGCCAAGCACUCCAGGUAUGGGCAAGCCCUGCAGGUAUGGGCAAGCCCUGCAGGUAUGGGCAAGCCUCACAGGUACGGGCAAGCCCUGCAGGUACGGGCAAGCCCUGCAGGUACGGGCAAGCCCUGCAGGUACGGGCAAGCCCUGCAGGUAUGGGCAAGCCCUGCAGGUACGGGCAAGCCCUGCAGGUUUGGGCAAGCCCUGCAGAUACGGGCAAGCCCUACAGCCCCUCUACUAUACCCCUUUCUAUACCUUACUCCCCUCUCAAACUCCCCUCACCCCUCCCUGCCCUCUUUCCCCAUCCUUCCAUUUCCCACUUGUUUUCCCUAUUCUUUCCCCCCUCUCUGCCCUCUCCUAUCCCUCCUCUCCACCCUAUCCUACAACCUCACUCCGCCCUGUCCUAUCCCCUCACCCUUCUUCCCCCUUUCCCCUCUCUGCCUUACACCCUUCUCAAACCCCCCUAUCUCCCCACGCAACUCACCUUCUCUUCACCCCUGUCCUGCCCUCUGCCGUCACCCUCCUGGUUCACCAGAUGGAUGGACGUCUGGCGUAA